GAUAGCACGGAUGUUGAUGAUCACCGUGGACGCAGACCGUACAACUAGUGUUACGCUUCUGUUUUCAGGAUUUUUUGUAGUUUCGUUUGGAAAUAGGUAUACAUAUAUCCGUGCAACAGAACCUACGUUAUGGAAUUUAACAGCGUAGUUAAGCUUUACCGGCGGUAAAAGACGAAUGCUCUUGUCUUUAGCACUGGCUAGCCAACUACAGCUAGCUAACGUUAACGUUAGUCAUUAAACCAUUAGUUCGAUGUCAUUUGGUCAGUCUGUCAUUUUUGUUUAUAGUCACGGUUACAUACUUUUUGUGCAACAGUAAUGUUAAAAGCCACGGUUCAGAACGCAGGACUGUUUGUUUUACUGUGGCUGCUCCUUGGAGAUUUUGUUCAGGGGUGGUUUCACUACAACGUCAACACGCCACAGAACCGUCAGCCCGAGAAAAGUGCGCCCGACAACGAGGAGCAAAGCUGUUUUUGCCAAUUGACUGGUGUUCUGGACGACUGCUUUUGCGAUGUCGAGAGCAUCGACGUCUUCAACAACUUCAAGGUCUACCCUCUCAUCAGGAAGCUCACAGAGAGAGACUUCUUCAGGUAUUACAAGGUGAACCUGAGGCGCCCGUGCCCCUUCUGGGUGGACGAUGGCCACUGCUCCAUUAAGGACUGCCACGUGGAGCCCUGCCCGGAGAGCAAGAUUCCCGUGGGAAUCAAGUCGGGCAACUACAACAAGUACUCCAAGGCCUUGAACGUCGAGGAGGACAUCACAGAGUGUGAGCAGGCUCAGAAUCUGGGCGCCAUCAACAGCACACUCAGCAACCAGAGCAAACAGGCGUUUGUGGACUGGGCUCGCCAUGACGACGCCCAGGACCACUUCUGUGAGCUGGACGAUGAGACGGCUCCAGAUUCCGAGUAUGUGGAUCUGAUGUUGAACCGUGAGCGCUACACGGGCUACAAGGGCCCUUCAGCCUGGAGGGUGUGGAACAGCAUCUACGAGGAGAACUGCUUCAAGCCCAGAUCAGUGUACCGGCCUUUAAACCCCCUGGCUUCCAGCCGAGGGGAUGACGAUGGUGAGGCCUUCUAUAACUGGCUGGAAGGCUUGUGUCUGGAGAAGAGAGUGUUCUAUCGGCUCAUCUCGGGCCUCCACAGCAGCAUCAACCUCCACCUGUGCGCCGAGUACCUGCUGGACGAGGGCUGGGGGAGGGAGACGUGGGGCCCCAACCUGCAGGAGUUCCGUCGGCGUUUCGACCCGGCGGAGGCCAAGGGCGAGGGCACGCGGCGGCUGAAGAACCUCUACUUCCUCUACCUCAUCGAGCUGCGCGCCCUCUCCAAGGUGGCGCCCUACUUCGACCGCGCCUUCGUCCACCUGUACACGGGCAGCUCCCACGAGGACACCUCCACCAAGGAGCUGCUGCUGCUGCUGCUUAACGAGACCAAAACUUUCCCCAUGCACUUUGACGAGAAGUCCAUGUUCGCAGGACACAAAAUAGAGGCCAAAAUCCUGAAGGAGGAGUUCAGGUUGCACUUUAAGAACAUCUCUCGCAUCAUGGACUGUGUGGGCUGCAGUAAAUGUCGCUUGUGGGGGAAGCUUCAGACGCAAGGCCUGGGCACAGCACUGAAGAUCCUCUUCUCGGAGAAGGAAAUCAAGAACCUACCGGAGAACACCCCCUCCAAGGGCUUCCAGCUGACCAGGCAAGAGAUCGUCGCCCUGAUCAACGGCUUUGGCAGAUUAUCCACAAGCAUAAAAGAGCUGCAUCACUUCAGAACCUUGCUGGAGGAACACAGGUAACAGUGGUCACAGUGGCCACCAGGUGGCGACAUUCCCCUCCUCUCUCUCUCCCCCAAGUCAACCUUGCAAUAGUCUUACCUCCACCCGCCCCCAUCACACACACACACACAUACACACACACACACACACACACACACACACACACACACAUAUAUAACAAGCAUAAGGCCACUUUCAUGAACUUGCGGGAUUGACGUCAGAGAAGCAGUGGUUAAAAAUACAACAGCUAUAAUAACAACGAAAACAAGCAAAAAAAAAAAUUGACAACCACCCGAUCAGUUUUCCCCUUCAUGCCAAGGAAGGAUGGCAUCUUGUCUAGCGGAUGCCACCUUCGUGCCACCACACUCGGACAAAGGAAUGCCUGCCGGCCUGUGUGUCCGCUCCGUGUUCGCUAGGGAGCAAAAGAAACCCAACAACAACAAAAAAAGCGCCCCUCACACAAACAGCCCUCAGGCUAUUCAUAGAACUCGGCCAUAAGGAGAUAAACGGCCCGACAACAGCAACAAUAGCAAAACAAUAGCAACAUUAAGAAAACAACAACAACAACAGGAAAUGACAACCACAACGAUGAAGAACUCGGAUCUCCUCCUCAAAGCAGCUUUUACUUCUGUGUGAGGUUGUUGCCAAUGCAGACGACAGCGUUUUGUUAUUGUUUUCUGAUACUGUUGAUUUGAUUGUUUGUUUUGUUUGUUUGCGGUGUUCUCUUCUCUUCCUUGUUAAGAGGGAAUUCCUCAUUAUCUUAUUCAUUUAGUUUUGAUUAGUGUUUUAGUGCUUGCUUGUUCGUGUGUGUGUGUGUGUGUGUGUGUGUGUGUGUGUGUGUGUGUGUGUGUGUGUGUGUGUGUGUGUGUGUGUGUGUGUGUGUGUGUGUGUGUGUGUGUGUGUGUGUGUGUGUGAGAGAGUGUAUGUUUGUGCUUAUGGGUAUACGUGAAGGCCGUGUCUGUAAUCACUGAAGUUUUAGUCCAAUGCAGCAACAACUCUCUCUUUCUCUCUCUUGCUCUCUCUCUCUCUGUCUCUCUCUGUGUCUGUCUGUCUCUCUCUCUCUCUCUCAUUGUGACUGUCUCUCCAUUCUCUCUCUCUCUCUCUCUCUUGCUCUCUCUCUCUCUGUCUCUCUCUGUGUCUCUCUCUCUCUCUCUCUCUCUCUCAUUGUGACUGUCUCUCCAUUCUCUCUCUCUCUCUUGCUCUCUCUCUCUCUCUCUCUGUCUCUCUCUCUCUUGCUCUCUCUCUCUCUCUCUCUCUCUCUCUCUCUCUCUCUCUCUCUCUCUCUCUCUCAUUGUGUCUGUUUCUCCAUUCUGUCACUGCCAUGAUUGCUUUUCAACAGCAGUUCAUUUUGCCACUUGCCUUCAUCUUCACACUCAAACAUAAUUCAUCAUCUACAGUAGUAGCUGUAGGACUCAAAGGAUUACCAUUUACAAUGCACGUGUGCUGUGUAACCAUAGAAGACAAGGAUAGAGGUUUUUCUUUCUGUUUUUAGUUGAUUAGUGGAAUCUGUUUUUAAUUAAUUGUGUGCUUCAUGACCUCUCAUGGACACUAUUGCUAUUGUUUUUGUUUAUCUUUUUUAUUUAUUUUUUUUUGCGUUGGGUAGUGUUGAACUAGAGAUGGAUUGAGCUCUAAUGAGACUAUACCCUACCCUGAGUGUUUGUGUGUGUGUGUGUGUGUGUGUGUUAUUUGUUUGCAGUGCUAUACAACCAACAGAAAACAAGCAGAUUGUUUGUGAUGGAACUUAAGUGGCAUUUUCUUCAUUUAUUACUUACAUUCCCAAUGUUGAUACACUGAAAAACCUCUCCAUCAUUUUCUCCAAGGUGCGCAGUAGUGAAGUCUGCAUGAGCUAGUCCGCUAACACAAGGCAGCGCAAGGUCUUCCAUUAAAGCUGAAUUUAAAAAUAACUAUUAAAUAAAUAAACAAACAAACUGACUGAAAGCAACUCCAGCAUGGAGUGAUUCAGACAGUCCUUGGGUGUUACGUCUAUCAUUCCAAGAAAAGUCCGGGGGAAAGAAAAGAAAACAAAAAAGAGAAAAGGAAAAAACAAACAAACAUUAGCCUCGCUCUUUGGAGCUGUGAGUAGAGCCAAGCUGUCAUCCCAAUCACGGCACAGCCUUCAGAGAUCAGAGGGAACCAGAGUGUGGAGAGAGAUUUAUUUUUGCUAAUAAAGGAGAGAGGGGAUCCUGUGUUCACCUGUGACUGUGCCGAUCCAUUAUGGCUGUAUGCACUACCCACACCCACCACUUAGUUUCAGUUUUAAUGUUGGCUUUCGUUUGUUCGUUUGUUUGUUUGUUUGUGGAGGUUGUUGUUGAAACCCCCAGACGUACAAAAGACUUGUUAGUCCUCGUCUGUGUCUUGGCAACUGAGAUGAAUCAGGUGUGUUACCGAAGAAAAACUGCAAUGGUUAUCAUUUAAAGUGAUGUUAAAAUGUCCCUGUGUGUGUGUGAGCGAGAGGGAGAGAGAGAGGGGAGAGGGAGAGGGAGGGAGAGAGAGAGAGAGAGAGGGAAGAACGAGAUUUGGUGAACUUUUUGGUGUGUGUGUGUGCGAGCGCUUGUCUGGUUCCCUGCUGUGGUUUAACUACUGAUACCGAGUGGCGUUUUCUGUGUUCAGGACCAAAGACCUCUUCACUCUUCACCGCUGCGCUGCCUGUUUCCUUUAGAUGUCCGUCAGACCUUGCUUUAGCAUGUCCGCCUGUUUGUGUGUUUGUUUGCUUGUUUGUUUGCUUGCUUGUUUGUUUGCUUGUUUGUUUGUUUGUUUGUUUGUUUGUUUGUUUUGGGUCUUGCAGUACAGCAGUCCUUUGGCAUUCCAAAACAACUCCUCGCCCUAAUUCACCCGCGAUCUAUAACUAGCUAAAAGGCCUGAUGUAAUGUAACAUGCAAUACCUAAUGGUAACACCAACCAAAUUCAUCUCCAUUUUUUUCGCCAAUGUAAAUAUCCCGAGAGUGAUCUGUUGUACAGUUAAGCAAACUUCACCCCUCCCUCCACCCACCCCCACCUCCCCCCCCCCUCCAGUGCCUCUAUAGGAGUGUGUAUGGCCAUGUCCCCUCCUGUCCCCCGCCCAGGCCUGUGCUGUCCAGCCAUUCUGCUCCACCAAUCCUCCAGCUUGACUUGCAGGCAGAGAGUGAGUGAGUGUGUGAGUGAGUGUGUGUGUGAGUGAGUGAGUCCGAUGCUCGCCACCCACACCUAAGUCAGUUCGCAGAUAAUGAGUUUGGAAUGGACGCUUGCCUCCACACCCACAAUGCCAAAAAGGUGUUUACUGUCGAGAUUCUCAGGUCUUGUGAGAGGUGUGUGUGUGUGUUGUGUGUGUGUGUGUGUGUGUGUGUGUGUGUGUGUGUGUGUGUGUGUGUGUGUGUGUUUGGUGUGCGCGUGUGUGAUGAGAGCUCUGUUAAAUGUGUGUGUGUGUGUGUGUGUGUGUGUGUGUGUGUGUGUGUGUGUUUGGUGUGCACGUGUGUGAUGAGAGCUCUGUUAAAUGUGUGUGUGUGUGUGUGCACGUGUGUGAUGAGAGCUCUGUUAGAUGUGUGUGAGUGUGUCUUUGAUGGAGUGAGAGCAUUGCAUGCUUUCAGCAGUCUCUGAAACACACCUUGUCUUGUGCACUCAUCUGCCUUAACAGUGUGCUUAAAAAAAUAAAAAAAAUAUCUAUAUAUAUAUAAACAAAAAAAUGCUCUAGCCUGCUUUCCUGGACUAACCGCCGGACUCUAGAGACGGAACCUUCUGGAGCUUGUCUGCCUUUGUUCCACAAUGUCCCUCCUGUUUGCCUUGCUGGGGACACGUCCGUUUAAACUAUUGAGCCACAAAAAUAUGUCCCCAUUUCUUUGUCAGAGAAGGAUUUAAAAAGCUUUCUUUUUUCUUUUUUUCUUUUUUGUUCUUUUCAAAGUCUUUAUGAGUCUAUAUAUAUGUAUAUAUAUAAGUGCACCCAUAAUGAUGUGUAUACUUGUUGAGUAUAUUUAUUUAAAGAGCGGAAAUAAAAAUUCUGGUGGUCAUCUGGAUAA